AUGGCGAUGUUGAAGCCGCCAGUAUGGUUUCUAAAAUCAACUAUGGAAAAUAUCAAGUUGAUUAAUCGAUGUGCCGCUACGAUAAGUCCCAUAGAAAAGGAAAAGCAGCAGUUCCUAUUUUGGUCAGAAUUCUUCAUGGAAGCGAUCGAUUCUGAAACAGAUGUUACUUGUGCCAGAUUUCCAGUGCUAAUUCAGGAACUUACAAAGCAAUUCACACCAUCCUACCUAACCCUGAAUGUAACCGAACGAUCGAUGAUUUUGAGUCAUGUGCUUGAGAAUAGCCAACAAAAGAAACCACCACCUGGUAUCCAUCGUUGGCAUUUUACUGCUGGAAACAUCAAAGCCGUAUCAGCAUCGAAACGUGAUGAUCGGUCGAUGUUUCUCUAUGUGCAUGAGAAUUCGGACGAUUUCAAUCUGGUCUUCCCAUCCGCAGCACAUUGCAAUAAGUUUGUGACAGUUGUCCGAUCUCCUUAG